AUGCCAUCUCGAACAAGUUUUGGUCCCUUGGUGGCUGUCGGGGUUUGCCACCCAACAGCGCCGCUCGGCAGAAGCGCUGGUAGGCGCAAGCUCAAGAAGACUGGGCUGAAGAGCGCGAAGGACGGGCACGUGGAAAAGCGCGAGGCGGUGGAGUGGUCAGCGGUGAACACCUGGUGGUCUGCCAGGAUGAACCGCCAGAAGUGGCGGAUCUUGUCCUACCAGGUGCCGGCGGAGUUGCUGGAGGCGGGCUUGCAGGAGCAGGUGGACUUCUGGUUCCAGGCCAUGCUCUGUAAUGAGCACAAGAAGCGGGACAAGAAGCUGCUCAGGUCUGCUCUCAACGUCCUGGAGCGCCAGGCGGCCGUUUUGCCCAGGAAAUGGACGAAAGAGGAGGUGCGGAGCUCAUGCUCCGUAGCCAUGGAGGCAGUGACAUUGACCAUGAAACGUUUGCGCUGA